AUGAUCCUUUCCAUGUCUCCUCCCUUGCCCCCACAUGCAUUCCUCCAAGCAUUCCCCAUGUGCUCCCCAUGUGCUCCCCAUGUGCUCCCCAUGUGCUCCCCAUCCAUCCCCUCAUGUGUUCCCGCGUCCAACGCCUCUCAGGUCAUCAUAGACGUGCGGGGCAACGGUGGCGGAUCCACGGUGGCAUCAUACACAGCCAUCCGCCUGCUCAUGGGGGCAGCCAAGGUCCCCGACGCAAGCUUCACCAUGCGCAUGGAUUUCAUCAUCGGCUCGCAGUACACCGAGAACGCCAUCGGCCUGCUCGCUGUCAACGCGGCCUCUCUCUACUUCAUCGACGCAUACUCCGACCUCAACGGAACGAAUCUCACAAGCGUGUUUGGCUACGCUCCUUUCCGCGAGCGCCGCUUCACAGCGGCCGGCCCGGCUGGAAACUACUCGGCGCCGUUCAAGAUGACCGACAGAUUCACCGGGAAGGAGCGGCAGCCGGUGUUUGGCGGCCGGCCCUUCCGGGUCCUGUCGGACGGAAACUGCUUCUCUGCCUGCGCCAUCCUUACGCACAUCCUGGGGAAACGCCACAAAGUGCCCAUGGUAACCGUGGGUGGUUUGCCCAACCAGCCCCCUGAUGUGGGCUCCUCGUGCCUCGGGUUCACCCUGAUGAACUUCGCUGACAUGGCCGCGAGUCUCCGCCAGCUUUCUGCCAUGGCGCCAGACAGCGCGUCGCUGCCUCUCAACGUGAAAGGGACGAUUGCCAUGGCGCUUACUAACGGGUAUGUGGAUUCGGAGAUUCCGUGCGAGUUUGAGUUUCUGCCCAGCCAGCAUCACAUCAACUACACCGUUGAUCUCAUUGACAAGCCCUGGGCCAUGUGGAGUGAGGUGGCCAAGCUCUUUGCCUCCGCUGCUGCCUAG